AUGCAUUUGUCUAACUGGGAUGGGUGUAUUGUGAUCUUACUGUAUAACUCACUCUGAUGUCUUGAGCACUUCUUGUCUGUAAUUUUGAACUCAGGACCUCGACCAAAUAUAAGCGCUCGACCAUCACCCAACUCCACCUGAUCUCCAGAGACGUCAUUUACUAGAGAGCACUGCAUCUCCAUUCACAGAAAACUUAGCCUGGUGCAUUGGAAAACCUCCUGUUGGACAAAUCAAGUACUCAAUCUGCAAAACUAAGAGUGAAAAACACCUUUUGACCAAAUAAAGAUAACUAAAGCAUCAUGUCGCGUGAAGAUGACUACUGCUCCAUCAUGACUGGUCUAAGUGAGCUUGACCUUCAAGGAAAAGCGGUCCCUAGUGAUCUUGUGUUGAUCGGUUCUGAUGCCUUUCCACUUGCCAUGAAUCCAAGAGGUCAAGUUCUGAUGGCUGCAUCUCGUUAUGGUCAGGGACGUGUGGUGGUGUUGGGACACGAAGACUACUUGACCCGUUUCCCCAACCUGAUAGAGAAUGCCCUGAUGUGGCUCAUGCCGUGUACCGGUGAUGCCAGCAUUGUAGGGAUUCAGAAGAAUUUAGGUCCAGUAGCUGAAAACUUCCGCAAUUCAUCUAUCAGCACAGAGCUUGGAGAUUUUCGGGAGGGAUUGGCUGUAUAUAUCACAGAUGCUUACAGCGUUAAUGAUUGUGCAAAGGAUUUGAUUGCUUUUGUCAAAGCUGGGGGUGGUUUGAUUAUUGCUGGCCAAGCAUGGAGCUGGGCUAAGGCUAAUCCAAAGAUGGAUGUUUUUCUGAACUUCCCUGGAAACAUGGUGUGCAGUGUCGCAGGAAUUUAUUUUUCAGAACACCAGGGAAAACUUGGAGUGAUUCCUGUGCCUUCAAAUAUCCCUUCUAGUUGGCUUGCUGUAUCAAUCGUCAAGGAUUUUAAGAAUGACCUAGAAUUCCUGCUGAAAGGUGUGCCUCAGUUUGACAUCCAAGGCGUGGCUGUGGCUUCUGAGCUGAUGGUGCAUGGACCAUUAGCAUUUCCUAUUGCAGUAGCUCCACCUGGAAAAGUAUUCAUUGCCGGCGCCUACUAUGGACAAGGACGGGUAAUUGUGUUAACCCACGAAAGCUACCUGGGCCGUGAAUCUCUGUCCACCUUCCUGAUUAAUGCAAUCAACUGGCUGGAUGAGGGGCGUAAAGGCGUUAUUGGGAUCAUUCCCAAACUCGCAGGAGCCCAAAAAAUACUGAGCAAAUCCGGUCUGAACUGCCAGUUAACUAACUUCAGAGAAGAUCUCAGUGUCCAUGUCUGCACUUCCUACAGUGAUGCAGAGUGUGAAAAGAUCCAAGAAUUUGUGGCAGAAGGUAGUGGUCUUCUGAUCGGAGGUCAAGCCUGGAAUUGGGCCCAUAAAAACCAUGGCCGCAAUGUGACGACUGAAUACCCAGGAAAUCGCAUUCUUAACAAGAUGGGACUGAGUAUUUUGGCCAGCACUGUAAAUGGAGGAUUAUACAAAGCCGCAGAAAUCAAGGAGGGUUUUAAAGAUGUGUACCACUUUCGUAAUGUACUGGGACACUUUGGGAAGCAUGUAACCAAGGGGCAAAAACUUGCUCCUCAUGUAGAGGGUUCCCUGAAACAACUUGGCAAUGACUGUACCAAAUACCUUCGUAUGCGUACACAUGACUGUGCUUCUUAUAAUUCAAUGGUAACUCAUUUUACCGACAUGGUGAAGGAGAUUGGUGUUCCACAGGUGGGUAGUACCCACCCUAUUAAAGCUCCCAAAGACUACCUUAUGCUUCAAAUCGCGACUGAACUUUACAAAACCAUGUCUGACCCUGAUGCCCUCCUGCCAUACAUCAUUAAGGAUAUACCUGACCUGCCCACUGUAACUGAUGCAAGAGUUCGUAUCAGUGCUGACACUGGUGGUGCUGAAGCAUGGAUAAGCACAGGCUUGUAUCUUUCUCCUGGUAUGAGGACACAGAUGGUAAUACCUCCAGAGCUCAUUGGGAAAAACUGGAAGGUCCAGAUUGGUUGCCACACAGAUAACAUUGGGGCUGCAGAUGUUUUGAAACGGGCUCCUGUGGUCCAUGAGCGCUUCUUGUUGGACAAUGAAAUGGUUCAGAUCUGUAAUCUAUGGGGAGGGCUCAUCUACCUAGUUGCACCUCCUAAAACCAAAGUGGAUGGGGUGGAAAUUGUGGUGCAGACUGCAGUACAGGCUCCGUUCUUCAAGUCUGGAGAGACCAGUGUAGCCGACUGGGUCGGUGGGAUCCGUCAGGCGCCAGCACCCUGGGCGGAGCUUGAAUUUGAGAACCUCAUCAUCACAUUACAUUCAGAUGUGAUACGGAAUCUGGAUCGUCCGGAUGAGGUGGCGAAACUUUGGGAUGCAAUAAUGAGAGGCAUAGCUGACCUGGCAGCAAUACCUCAUAAGUUCCCCCGCAAGGAGCGAUUUGUUGCAGAUGUUCAGAUCUCUGCCGGCUUUAUGCAUUCUGGAUAUCCCGUCAUGAUUCAGUCCAGCUGCGCCCCAGAUCUGAUAAAUCCAGAGGGUGCUCGUAAAAAGGGUAUAUGGGGAUUUAUACAUGAGCUUGGUCAUAACCAGCAGCGUGGAAUCUGGGAGUUUCGUCCACACACAACUGAGUGCACCUGCAACCUGUGGUCAGUGUAUGUGCAUGAGGAGGUGCUUGGUAUCGACAGGGCUACUGCUCACCAAGCCAUGACCCUAGAUAGUCGCCAGGCUCGCGCCAGAGAUUAUGCCAAAGGUGGCAAAGAUUUGAAAAAAUGGACCAUGUGGACAGCACUGGAGACUUAUAUGCAGCUUCAAGACAAAUUUGGCUGGGAUGCUUUCAAGAAGGUUUUUGCUGCAUAUCAUGAAAUGACUGAAGUGCCCAAUAACAAUCCAGUCAAGAUGAAUCUGUACGCUGAGACCUUCUCUAAGGUGGUGAAAAUGAAUCUGUCAUCCUUCUUCAAAGCCUGGGGUUGGCCGAUCGAGCCCAGCACUGAGCAGAAGAUCUCUCAUCUUCCAGAGUGGAGCGAUCAUCCUAUGAAGCAGGAUAAAUAAGACACCUUAAUAAGAGUUUUAAUAAUUACAGGGUGAAAUCUGAUUAAAAUAAGAUAUAAGAGUAGAUUGAUAUGGGUUAAUAGAGCUGCAAGGAUGACAAUAUUUUCAUAUGCCCAAAUCGAAAGACGAGUAAGCUCUUCCAGUUCUCUUGUCCCAACGUCAGUGUGUUUUUGGUUAAACGCCUUAAAUAAGAUCUGUGGUUAACACAAGCUUAAGAUAUAUUUACGUUUUAUUUUUUGACAUAAAACACACCAGUAAUACCCCAGUUUAUAAAGUUUUACACGUUUUAAUAAGGGCAGUUGCUAAGUCACUAUAUGAGACUACAGAAAUUGCAAAAAAAUGACUUUCUUACUUAGUAUU